AUGAAAAGCAGCAGCAGCAGCACCACCACCACCACACAUACUCCAACAGCCACACAAGAAAAGCAGCAGAAUUCACAAAUCAAAAUUUCUCCUCAAACUCGGACCAAAACUAUUGAUAAACUUAUAAAAGACUAUGAGGCAAUCAUUGGUAUAGAAACCCAUGUCCAGCUAUCCACUUUAACCAAAGCCUUUUGUGGAUGUCCAUACAACUAUGGAGCUCAACCAAACACAACUAUCUGCCCGGUUUGCAUGGGGUUGCCAGGUUCUUUACCAGUUUUGAACUCCAAAGUCAUUGAGUUUGCUGUGAAAUUAGGCCUUGCCCUUAAUUGCAAUCUGUCUUUAAACUCAAAGUUUGAUAGGAAACAGUAUUUUUACCCUGACCUUCCAAAGGGUUACCAAAUAUCUCAGUUUGAUAUACCAAUUGCAACCAAUGGUUAUGUUGAUUUGGAUCUUCCCGUGGAAUUUGGCGGCGGGCAUAGGAGGUUUGGCAUUACAAGAGUUCAUAUGGAAGAGGAUGCUGGGAAGCUGCUUCAUUCAGGAAAUGGGAGGGUGCCUUUGCUUGAGAUUGUUUCUGAACCUGAUAUGAGAAAUGGCAUUGAAGCUGCAGAAUAUGCAGCUGAAAUACAGAGGGUAGUACGGUUCUUGGGAAUUAGUAAUGGUAAUAUGCAGGAAGGUUCACUUCGUUGUGAUGUAAAUGUGUCAAUUCGACCAAUUGGACAGUCAGAGUUUGGGACAAAGGUUGAGAUAAAGAAUUUAAAUUCAUUUUCUUCAGUUAACAGGGCCAUUGAUUUUGAGAUAUCAAGGCAAGUGCUUCUGCACAGUCAAGGGCAAGGCAACUCAAUUGUACAAGAAACUCGGCUUUGGGAAGAAGGAGCUCAGAAAACAAUUACAAUGAGGAAAAAGGAGGGACUUUCUGAUUAUCGAUAUUUUCCAGAACCAGACCUUCCAGAAGUCAUUCUCAAAAAAGAAUAUGUUGAUAGUAUUCAAAAUUCUUUGCCAGAACUUCCAGAAAUGAAGCGCCGGAGGUAUGAGAGCAUGGGCCUAAGCAUGCAGGAUGUUCUUUUCCUUGCAAACGACAUAAACGUUGCUGUAUUUUUCGAUGCAACCAUCGCCAAGGGUGCUGAUGUAAAACUGGCUACCAACUGGAUAAUGGGGGAUAUUGCUGCCUAUACGAAAAAUGAAAAAGUAUCUAUAAACAAUAUUAAACUUACCCCUCAGGAGUUGGCUGAGCUUAUAGCUUCUAUUAAAGGUGGAACUAUCAGUGGGAAAAUUGGGAAAGAGAUACUGUUUGAACUCAUAGCCAAAGGUGGAACUGUUAAGGGAAUGAUAGAAGAAAAAAAUCUUGUUCAGAUAGUAGAUCCUGCUGAGAUUGAGAAGAUGGUAGAUAAAGUGCUAUUAGAGAACCCAAAGCAGUUGGAACAAUACCAUGCGGGAAAAACUAAGUUACAAGGUUAUUUUGCUGGCCAGGUGAUGAAAUUAUCAAAGGGUAAAGCCAAUCCAGGACUUCUGAACAAGAUCCUUCAACAGAAACUGAAUGCCACAAGGAGAAGUGGAUUUAAGUCCUGCCUCGGUGUUGGUUUGAGCUUGGAGGAGCUGCCAAAUGAGCUUUACACUAUUGACUGGCCAUGA